CGGCAUACCUGCACACGCACAUUUCUACAAUGUCUGCCCUUCUCGCUUCCUCCUUCGUCGGCCGCGUCGCCGCCUUCAAGGCGACCAAGAUCCAAGCCAAGUCUGUCUCCACGACGGUCAAGGCUGACAUCUACCCGGAAUUCGGUACCUACCCGGGCGGUGGCGAAUCCCCGAUCAUCCCGUUCGGCGACGAAAAGAACGCCGAGCGUGAAGUGAUCCACGGCCGCUGGGCGAUGCUUGGCGUCACCGGUGCGUGGGCCGCCGAAAACGGCACCGGCAUCCCGUGGUUCACCGCGGGUACCUUGUGCACCCCGGAUGACUGCACCGCCGUCGCGGACAAGUUCCCGGGCGCCGUCGCCCCGCUCGCGCCGGAAGGCUCUGGCUACCCGUCCUUCUGGAACGUUCUCAUCAUCGAGAUCGUUCUCGUCGGCGCCGCGGAAGCGUACCGUACCGGUAUCUCCGACUCUCCGUUCGAUGAUGGCCUCACCGUCGGUGACGUCAACCCGGGUGGACGCUUCGACCCGCUCGGCCUCGCCGAGUCUGGCGACCUUGAAGAACUCAAGAUCAAGGAGCUCAAGCACUGCCGCUUGUCCAUGUUCGCGUGGUUGGGCUGCAUCUUCCAAGCGCUCGCCACCCAAGAAGGCCCGAUCGCCAACUGGCAAUCCCACGUUGCGGACCCGGUUCACUCCAACGUCCUCACCAACGCGGCCAAGGGCUUCGGCUUCUACUAAGCGGUUCACCGCCUUGGUAGCUUCGUCAUAGGGUAGCUUGAUCGGCGGCCGUCGACUUCGCGUCUACGGUCACCUCCAAGAUUUCUCUGACAGCGCUGGGAAUUCCCGACUGCUUUUGGGGCUUUGUCUCUUCAAUAACAUUCGUUUUAAUGAUGCAUCUCUCGAUGUUUGAUUA